AUGGCAGGUCAGCAACGCCCGAAAUCGCGAAAGGCGAGGGCGGAUGCCUCUGUAAUGGACACGAAUAAUAGUUCUAUCGUCUCCAAGAGAAGUGUUGAGCGCUUGUACUACCAGGAGCCACAUUUUUACCGCUACUUUGUCAAGAAACCUCGGAGGAGAUCACCAUUGAUUGGCCGUGGUUACUGGCUGCGAAUGCAUGCCUUUGAACAAGCCAUCAAGCAAUUCCUUGACGAGCCUUCGAAGAAGAAAAAGAUAGUCUUGAAUCUUGGAUGUGGUGAUCCCGUACCCUUCCAGUGGCUUUCGAAGCAUCUAGCAAGAUGUCAUAAUGUCACCUUCGUGGACGUGGAUUACCCGGAUUUGAUGGAGAAGAAGUGCGAUGUCAUUUGCAAUACAUCGCAACUCCAAGAUUUGCUUGGUCCUCAUGAUCGACCUUUGGAUCCUAAGGGUCUUAUUCUACGCAGUGAACAUUAUUUGGCUAUUGGAUGUGAUCUUGCGGAUGUGACUAGGCUUGACAUGCUACUCGCGAGCGAGGUCCGAAUGUCAGACUGUCUAGUGCUUUGCACCGCUGAAGUUUCUAUCACUUACAUGGAUACCAAUGCAGCAGAUUCUCUCAUUCGAUGGGCGGCUCUUCACGAUGACAUACGCUUCUGUCUCCUUGAGCAGUAUUUACCCGCUGGUGCGGAACAUCCAUUUGCACAGAAGAUGAUCCGCCAUUUCAACAAUCUUCAGACGCCGUUAAGAUCUGUUCAUCAAUACCCGCAGUUAGCAGACCAAGAACAGCGUUUCCUUCGAGCGGGAUGGUCCUCGGUAAGUGUAAGAAGCCUGUGGAACUUAUGGAGCGACGAUCUUUUUGUGUCACCGGAUCGAAGGCUAGUCCUCAAUGACGUGGAACCUUUUGACGAAUGGGAGGAAUUUGUCCUCUUUGCAUCUCACUACUUCCUUCUCCUAGCCGCAAACACGUCGUCUUCGACCGGCGUCGAUCGAUCAUAUCUAGGACACCUGUGGGAUCCAAAUCACGUUACAUUUGCGAGUCUACCGGUGGAAGUUCCCUUGACACUACAGUGCGAAGCUUUCCCUUGCUCUCACCGAAGAAGGUCCGGGGCUCUGACUCCACUUUCUCAAAACACGUUCGGACAUCACGGUGGUCUAGGUCUCCAAACCAGGCUCGGUACAACAGAUGUCUAUAUGCUACCCGGAAUGGGUCCUCCGGAUUCUGUCAACAUCGCUGUACUCGAGAAGAAAUGCAAACAAUUAGAGAGUAUCGAGCCUCGGAUGUGCCAUACAAUCACCUCUGAUCGUCUUGGCUUCCUCGUUGCAGGUGGAAGAGCGUCUCCUGACCACGUAUUUCAGGACUGUUGGUUAUCUGGCAAAGAUUACUGGCAGAGAGUAGAAGACCUUCCAAUCCCCUUGUUCAGACACUGUGCCACUACAAUUGCGCUGGAGAACCCAAGCCAUUCCUCCGACAAUGCUUUACUCAUCUACGGGGGUAAGACCGGAGCCGGCCAUGUUUCCGACCAAUGGCUACUAUGGCGCAAGGGCUUUGGGUGGGUUACAACUCCGGUUACGGGCGAUAGUUUGAAGCCUAGGUUCGGUGCCGUUAUGCAAGAGACUGGCUUUAGGAGGGGAAUACUACUAGGUGGGAUGGCCAAUGACGGCAAGAUCCUUUCAGAAGCUUGGGAAUGGACUAUCUCUGGUGACGUAUCAGAGCUCAGCAUAUCGUUGAGUCGUAUGGUAUUUUCCGGACCUGAUAGCCAUUCCAUUAUAGGAAGAUUGGGUGCAUCCCUUAUCAAUUCGAGAUUUGGGCUCUUGCUCGUGGGUGGUGUAUCUUCAGACUUAAUUCCCCAAAGCCUUGAGGUUAUCAAACUUCUCCGGGAGAACACCAAUGACGACCAAAAGAGCAUCUGGAAAUGGGCCCCAGUUGAUAUCCACGCCACCGGACAGCGGCCCUUGCUUAUCGGCCACAGCACCUUCGCAUCGUUAGACGCUGUUAAUAUUCUUGGAGGCGGAGCCGUUUGUUUUUCAUUUGGGACCUUCUGGAAUGAAACUAUACUCAACAUAUCGAGUCGUGAUCGAGCGCCAGGACCCCCAGUAGAAGUACUUACACGGGGGAUUGACCUGUUCUCAGGACGGAAAGCCGCGGGCGAUAUUCUCAAACCAGCAAACUUCGCAGGUACUGUCCCACGAGAUGAUCAAAUUCAAUCGUCCAAAGAUUUCGAACAGAUCUUGAACGACGGGCAGCCUGUCAUUAUGAGGAACAUAGAUAUGGGCUUGUGGAUGGGGGAGUGGACGUUACCAUAUCUCACAGCGAAGAUCGGUGGAGACAGGGCUGUCGUGGUCCACGAAGGCUCUGAUAAAUACCUGGAUUUCCAGUCCAAGAACUUCAAAUACGCCAAGAAGCCGUUCAAGGAUUUCGUAGAUGAGAUUACCGGAGGCUCUCCACAAUAUCUACGAUCCCUCUCGUCCGAGGACCCAGCUGGAAAAGCCGCCAAUAUAUCUGUUGACUUCCCUGAACUUGCUUCUAGCUUCGGACUGCCGCUGCAACUUGGCAUCGUGAAAGAUAAAAUGCAUAGCUCCGUCCUCCGAAUUUCAGGGCCUGUUACGAUGUGGCUUCACUACGACGUCAUGGCAAACGUCCUUUGUCAGAUACAUGGUAGCAAGCGAUUAAUUCUGUAUCCUCCAUCUGACGUGUCGCUCUUCUCCAUUCCUCCUGGCACCUCGAGCUCUUCAAUAAAUUGCUUUGACACUGGACCGAAUAGACAUCCUUCACUUACUCUGGGGCAUCCACAAGAAGCGUUGCUUCAACCAGGAGACGUGUUAUUCAUACCUCCACUUUGGCUGCACACUGCCUCCCCUCUCGAUAAUGUCAGCAUUUCUGUCAAUGUUUUCUUUCGCAACAUCGAUACCGGCUAUGCUCCUGGAAGGGAUGUUUAUGGCAAUCGCGACUUACAAGCUUACGAAAAGGGUAGAAGAGAUGUUGAAAGGAUCUCGAAGUCUUUCGAUAAAUUACCUCGAGACAUGGGCAAGUUCUAUCUUGAGCGCCUGGCUGAUGAAUUGAAAGAGAAGGCACAAAGCUAUAGUUCCUGA